AUGUCUUUACUUGCUUUUCCUGAUGAAAUUCUUCUUGAUAUAUUUGAUUAUUUAUAUUUCUAUGAAAUAAUUUAUUCAUUUUAUGAAUUAAUACAUCAUAAUAAUCGAAUACAUGAACUUAUAAAUACUCGUCUUCGUUCAAUAAAUUUAUCAAAAUUAGAUUUACGUUAUAUGACAAAAUCACAAUUUAUGUUUACCUGUCGUUAUAUAAAAUCAAAAGAAAAUUUUCUUGAAAAAAUUCAUGAUUUAACAUUAUCAAAUCAAUAUACAUUUGGAGAAAUACGUUUAUUUUUAAGUCAAAUAUCAUUUGAUCAAAUGAUUAAUUUAAAAAAAUUAUAUUUAAUUCAAUCAGCAUUAGAUGAAUAUCAUAUAUUAUUUCCAACAAAAUUAUCUCAUUUAACUCAUUUAACAUUAGAAAAUCCUGAAUGUAAUGAUAAUAAUCGUAUUAUACUUAUUGAUGAAAUGAAUGAAUUAAUUGAAUUAAAUAUUCAUUCAAAAAGUAUUGUUCAAUUUCGUUCAGAAUAUUGUCGACUAGAAAAAUUAACUGUUAGUCAUUUAAGUUUAAUUGAUUUAAUUGGUUUUUCAACAUUUUUUCCUAAUUUACAUUAUCUUGAUAUAACAUUAAUUAGUACAGAAAUUGAUUUAAAUCAAAUUCAUAUACCAUUAUUAACUGUAUUAAAAUUACGUAGUUAUAAUGUAGAACAUCAUUUAUGUGAAAAAUUUCUAUUAAAUUUAUUACAAUUAAGAGAACUAUAUUAUUCAAAUAAUAUUCAAUGUACAAAAACAUUUAUUGUUGAUGGUUAUCGAUGUCAAUUAUUAAUUGAACGUUUACCUUUAUUAGAACAAUUUGAAAUAAAUUUAUAUUUAUGUAAUACAUAUUCUAUUGAUAUAUGUGAAAUAGCAGCAUCGUUUCAAAGUUCAUUUUAUCUUUCGAAAAAUUGGAAUAUUGUUUGUGAAUCUAGACAGAAUUCAAAUGAUUUUCAUGUUUAUUCAGUACCUAUGCCAUCAUUUAAAGUAUUGAAUAUAACAACAGAUAGUCUUGUUUCAUCAGCUGUAUUGCCUGUUGAUGAUCCAUAUGCUAAUGUUGAUUAUUUAAAAUUAAAUAUGACAUCAAAUUGGCCAUUAGUAACAAGAUUUUUUCCUAAUGUUGAUACACUUGAAUUAGUUCAAUUAAAUCAUUCAAAAAUGAUUCCAACUUUUUCUAUAUUAUCAUAUUUAAAUAAAUCAAUAUUUUUAUCAAAAAUUCGUAAAUUAAUAUUACCAUCUCCAUGUCAUUUUGAUGAUUCACUUUUACGUUAUCUUUUACAACAAAGUGCACAACAUAUAGAUAAUCUUGAUAUAUCUUGUCAUUAUUUACUUCGUUUAAUAAAAACAAAUAUAUUACAAUCACCAUUAUCAAUACGUAUUCUUACUUUACGUGAUGAUUAUCUUUCAUUAAAUGAUCGAACGAUUUUUAUUGAUUUUUUUAAUUUAAAUUUAAAUUGUCUAUCAUUAUAUUUACCAAAUAAUAAUUCAUUAUCGGAAACAAUACAAUUAUUUUUAGAUCAAUUUCAAUUUUUAUAUAGUCUUAAUGUAUUCACUCAUGAUCCUAUAUCAAUGUUAAUACAUGUACAACUUUGUCAAAUGAUACAACAACGAUUACAAGCUAGUGCUGAACUUCGACCAACAAAUAUUCGAAUUUGGCAAAAAUAA